UUUCCCGACAAAAAGAAAAGAAAAGAACAUUUGUAAAGUCUUCUUCUUUCUCUCCAUAAUAAUUUGCUCCUCGUUUUGUUGUUGUUAUUCUUACAAAAGCUACGAUGUGGGUAGAGAUCUUCUGUGGCCUCAUCAUUUACAAAUUGUUCAAGUGUUUCUUUUACGACGACGACGUUUUGGAUCUCGAAUCCUCUGAUUUCACUGCUCUUUUCUCAGUCGCCGAUAGGCUUGAAAAGCUUUACGGUGGAAAGGUUUAUGUGGGGCUUCGAAUUCCUGAUGCCGACACGGGUUCACGACAGAAUAUCGACAUGGUUCUUGUUAACAAAGGGGAGGCAGUGGUGAUAUCAGUUAAGAAUAUAUCAGGAUUUGUAUCGGUGAAUUCGGAUGGCAGCUGGGUUUGUGAAGGCGGCAGUAAGCACAAAGCCGAACGAUUUCCCGAUCCUGUGGCAGAGACUAAAAAACAAGCUUCAAUUCUUGAAUCAUAUCUUGAACAGAGAGGAGUUGCUCUGCCAGAAGGAUAUUUUUCAUGUAAAGUUGUACUGCCUAAUCCAAAAUUUUGUACCAUCCAAUCAAGUGCUUUUCCAUCUGAAGUCAUUACCUAUGACCAAUGGGUACAACUGAAACCAGAACCAAAGAGCAUGUUUUCUGGUUGGAUUAAAGGUGCCUUUCGUAGUGGAAAGAAAGAGAUGCAAGAAUCGAUACAUCAAAAGCUAAAUUUCACCCUUAGCACAGCUCCGAUGUGGGAUAGGCUGGAGCUUAAAGGAAAUAAAUAUGUCCUUGGGGAAUUUCUGGAUUUCAAGGGGAAACAAGAAGACAACAAUGCUUUGAAAAAUAUCAGAAGAUCAAAAGUUUGUCGCCUGAUCAUCCAAAAGACGAGCAUGUUUGGAUUAGCUCACUCAAAACUCCAAGUUUUGUAUUCUCCUCGGGACUAUCGGAGUGAAGGGGCUUCAGGUUCAGAGUGGAAGGAAGUUACUGUAAGAUCGAGUACUGAGGUUCUCUUUCAGCCAGAUAAUUCAACUAAAGUCCGAAAAUUCAAGCUCUCUUCAGUUGUUUCUUUGACACUGAGUGCCUAAAGAAACCUCAACUGAACACAUGUUAGCAUUUC